GAAGCAUUCGGCGUCUAAUCACUCUUGAGUUCCAAUUGUCACUUUUGACCCUUUCUGGAAUCUAGUACCGUUAUACUGUAAGUAACUGGGUUCUCGCAUGAUUCCUCCAGAGGUGUAUGUAUCAUACCAAACUUGUCUCAAUCGGAAGGUCCCGUUUUAAAAGUAUGGCUAAUACAUCUCAUCUUCGAACAUUGUGCUGGGCAACUACCAUAGGAAUACUCGUGCACCGGAAUGACUUCUUUCAGACACGGAAUAGACUCCUUGGAUGGAUACGACGCGACGCGGAGCUCAGUUUGGCACCAGAUUUGCUACCGUGACCGUCAGCCUCCUACAGCGGAUCGGAGUUUCAGCAUGCCUCCCUCUGUCUUGGACAGGGGCAUUUAGACAUCGACCACUUGGAAGACCACGCAUCGUUCAUUGCAAACGUACCCUUUGACUACGGCUUUAGCAAACUUCACCGGGAUUUAUAACGCUCCACUAUACGGAAUUCUUUCAUCGGGAACUUGAAGACAUGCAGAAUCAUAACCCUGCUCACAGCAGCUCUUCGGUGCAUACCGGGAGACGAAGUACUAUCACGAGUGACUCAACCUUUAUUUCGGUUGAGCAUGAUCCUUCAUCGGGGAUCUCCAUUCACGACUACAUCAUCCUCAGGAAUAAUCAGCCGCAUAAAGUGGUUGACCUCUUACGUGCGCUACAUUCACAGAGUAGUGCUAGUGUCUAUGGUCUGAUGGCAUGUAUUAUUGGGGAUAUAUGUUGCCGUCCAAAUGGUCCCUGGGAGGCAUACCUAGCCUCGGGAUUGCCAAGCACAAUGAUGGACAUGGCUCUGGAUGACCGCGUUUUUCGAUUAUUGAAGAGCGAAAAGUUAGCACAGGAUUACCUCAGUCAGAUCCUGUCUGGACUCGCUACCUACUCCUACAAAAUGCACGAUUGGAGUCAACAAAAUCAGAAUGCCAAUUAUUUCCUUGAAAAUAUACCAGUACUCCUCGGAAAGCUAUGGGUGUAUCGCACCAGUCUGUUCAAUCCGGUACGUGCGAACAAAAUUGAAGAACCCCGAGAUACUACAUCUACAUGCGCCUGUCACCUCAUACAAUUACUGCAUAAUUACAUGGAUGGAUAUGUAGAUCACUACGGCCGGUUCCCUACAGUGGACGAGUGUCACCUCGGUCAACUUCUUCUGUUGACAUGGAUCUACUGUGAUGCUCCUGCAGAAGGAAAGGCUGGCUUUAAUCGUCUGGCUAUUUUGCUGGAACAAGCGGAGAACAGUGGCGACCUUAAUGCCGGGAAACGGCUUAUGGAGAAGACUCUUGAUCCACAAUCAUACUCUCACGGCCUCCAGGACAGAAUUCGCCUCACGCUUAUGAAUGAGGAGUUCCUCAAUGAACAAUUACUCAACUCGUUUUCUCUGAUAGUGAACGUUCUCUUUCACUGGCCUCCCACUGCGACAAUUCUCCAAGAUCAGUCCCAAGGAUUUAACUUGAUCAGUUGCAUUGCGGCUGCGUGUCAAAGGCAAAUAUGCAUGGGGUUGUCGGAUCCAACAUAUUUCAUCAUAAGGGGAGGUUUUAGCAGUAUCGGAUUCCUUCUUCGGGGGCUUCAAACACCAGGCGCGCAAUACCCAGAACGUGAAGUUAAGGCGUUGAUGCGAUCUGUCAACCAGCUACAACUGCUAGCUAUCAGCUCUAAGUUUCACGCCCAGGCUAUUGCAGCCGAUGAUCAAGCUUUUAUAUCUUCAAUUUUCGGCAUCCUCUUCACUUACACUGCGAGUGGCAUAAUGCCCUGGCGGGUAGACUCAGAUUUGAUAGCGAGUCUUCGAUCCCAAAUUGGCCGCAUUUUGGCGCCUACCCUGGAGAGUUUGCGUGCUCUUCCAAUCUCCCUCGCUCGAGUUCGAGCUAUAAAACUUUGGACAGAUUUGGCGAAGGCUCACGACAUUCGUUCAGAUGUACAACCCGAUGAAGCAGAAGACGUGGUAGCUGGUCAGCUUGUGUGGUCUAGAAGGUGCCAUUGGCGUGAUUGUGUAUGCUCACACACGCCAAAGCCGAACCAUCGAGUCCAUGUUUGUAAAGGUUGCUGGAGGACUUACUAUUGCGGUAUCCGUUGCCAGAAAAGGGAUUGGAGUGAUGGCGGCCAUAAAACGACUUGUCGACGAAUGAGGAAUCGGUAGUGGCAACUACAUUAGAUGCAUGUUCUCGAAGAUUGUGAAGACUGUGCUGAUAAUGAAUGGUUUCGGUGCUCAGGCACCUUCUUAGGCGUCGCGGAUCUUCGGUAAAUUAUCAUCCUAUGUACUUUGCUUAACAAUUGUUUUCUUAAUGACCUUAUUUGUUCUCUCUAUUCAUAUAAAUGCCUGACUUGAAUAUGAACAGAAGCAUCAUAUGAAAUUCUGCAGCUGAAAUCUUUCACGCUUUCGUUCGUCGCAUUGUUAUUAUCAUUGCAUUU